CCAUCUUCACUCCCGACGGUAUUGAGCUUCAACCGGAACGCAACCGUGGCCCACCUGCCCACCGCGACAUCGAAGUUGAACGCGCCGCGGCCGAGCGAAAAUCCGUAAUCGGGGUUGGCUUUCGAUGUCGGCGGGACGGCGAGUUGGCGCUCGCGAUUGUGAUCGGUGAGGGGUAGCGCGGGUAUACCGCAGUAGCAUAUGGGACAAGGCGAACCUCCACAUCGGCCGAAUAUUGAAGCAUUUACACCGAUUGUCUUUCCUACCCCCAGUGCACGCGUACGACAGCUUCCCAUCACCACCAACUGGCCGUGGAGUCUCAGCGCGCAGAACCUGCGAGCCACAGCAGGACGACCGGACACGUACAUAUCCCAGGCAGCUUCCCGCCCUUGACCCACUCCCACCCGCCCUGCAGCAUCAUCCUGUACGAAACCACGACGUGCUGCGCCCCGCCCUCCAAGGCGCGCGCGAACGCGCCCGCGCCCGCCACGUAGAACCCGAAUCCACCCGGGAUCGCGCCAGAAGGAUUGAUGCUGCCCGCCGGGUACACCGCCUCCCAUGCGCGCGCCGGUGCGGUACAGUCCUCCGAGUCGGAGUCGGAUCCGGUAUGGGAAUCCGGCGGCGCGACGAGGCGGUGCGUCGUGCGGGACGUCACGUUGUGGACGCCCAGAUCCGCGUCGUCGAGUGUGUGCAGCGGGAGUCUCGGCGAGGCGAGGGCUGGGCAUGUCGUGAAUGCGGAGUGGUACGCGCGUAUCGAGUCGGGGAUCAGGUGCAUUGCCAUGAUGGUGAGUGCAGAGUCCGGAGUCGAUCACGGGUUGUGGCUGUGAUUCGUGUCUAGGCGUAGUGAUGCUGACCGCUCGUGACUGCCCCACGUAUGUUGGAGCAACUAAGCUGGGAGCUAAGGGAAAGUAUUUAUGUACCGGUUUGUGCAUCUGCAGAGUACUGCUGCGGCUAAGAAAACAGUGGUCGGCAUUGGGGAAAUCAGUUUUCUGACGAUCAAUGUAGACUCUACGGCAGUCACCCGAGACCCUCCGAGGGCUAUCCUGAUACUUUUGAGACCUUUGAUCACAUUCAGAGGCUCUUCCUGGCUCUGGUUGAUCGCAGAGCUAGAGGAGGCAUGUGCGUGUGACCAGCCUGUAGGCAUGUGAUUAGAAUUUGAUGAGCGUAUAAGUUCCAUUUUGGCCUUGGCGCGCUCUGAAAACAGGGUCAAGAUCCGUAUACUGUAUGGGCCGGUCGAGCUGUUCAUCUGCGAGCCUGGUGUUGAAUCUUUCGAAAGCCUCGGACGAUGCGA